AUGGCGGCGCUGUCGCGUGCCGCUCAGGAGAGACUUUUCGUGCUCGGAAUUGGCAUCGGAGCAGUUGUUGCUCUUAAAUGUAUGCGCAAGUUACUAAUUUAUUACCGCGAUAAUGCUAUCCUACCACCCGUCGAGAACAAACCUCAGUAUAUUACGCAAAACGUAGAGGAUGCUUUGAAGGUCUCAACACUUGACAAGCUUCUGGACAGCCCUAACUACUGUAUCCAAGAGACCACAGCAAUCAUCGUUUGCGAACGAGCACUUCACGAUGACGAUGCGCUGAACACCAUUCUCCACUGCGCGACUCGACCGGACUAUGACACGAGAGAAAAAGGCAUUCGAAGUCUGACCUAUGUCGUAAACAGUUCUACCAUCCAUUUACUCAACAAACCUAAAACUUACACUGCACUCGUCAAAUCCCUAGAAUACAGCCUCAAAGAUUACGAACAUGCAAAGUAUGACAAAGAGUGGGACAACUGGCAGCUUCGUGAUAGCCUGGAGCAAGAGUGUUUGCUGCUCUUGGGUCAGCUAGUCGAGAAAUUCGGGGUGGAGAGUCUAAUCAAAGCCAAGUUUGUAGAGCGGUGGCUAGCAAAGGAACAUUGGGGGGAAGACGACCGAGAACGGCAAAUCAACUUCCUCGAAUCGCUGCGGACGCGGAACCAGUUGAACGAGCUCACGUUACCUCUAAUUCGAGACGUAAAUGGACGGUCGCAACUUUGCAAGAACAAAUUACUCCCUUUAGAUUUUGAAUGGGAUCUUCCAAGUGCCAGAGAUGUCAGGAUGACGAACGGUGAAGGGACGUCUGGAGAGGAAUGGGAAGGAAUGCUGGUUGAGGGGCGGAGACGAAGAGACCAGAGCUCGGAAGAAGAUAUCAUAAGAAGACGAAACCGAGAAGCAAUGGUACUAAAUGAUGGGACGCGGCCGCUGGGGAGGGACGAUAUCAUCCAGCGAUCGACUACAAUUUGA